UUUUUAAAUCUCUCAUCUCAAUAAACAAACACUAACAAUGGUGGUCGAAGAAGAUUCACGUCUCAUAAAUCUCCAACACAAGUACAACCCGACAAUGCCCGAGGUGGUGGAGGAGAUGAAGAGAAUUUGGGACAUAAGUUUCCCGGUGGCCGCCAUGAGCAUAUUAAACUAUCUAAAGAACAUGACCUCUGUCGUGUGUAUGGGCCGCCUCGGUAGCCUCGAGCUCGCAGGAGGAGCCUUAGCCGUCGGUUUUACCAACAUAACCGGUUACUCCGUCCUCUCCGGUUUAGCCACCGGUAUGGAAUCACUAUGUGGUCAAGCCAUCGGUUCCAAAAACCCUUCACUAGCUUCUUUAACCCUCAAGCGAACCAUAUUUCUCCUUCUCUUAGCUUCUCUUCCCAUCUCACUUCUCUGGCUAAACCUCACGCCUCUAAUGCUAAUGCUCCGCCAACAACAAGACAUCACACGUGUCGCAUCUCUCUAUUGCUCCUUCUCUUUGCCUGAUCUUCUUGCUAAUAGCUUCCUUCACCCUUUACGUAUUUACUUACGUUGUAAAGGCACCACUUGGCCUUUGAUGUGGUGCACGUUAGUAUCCGUCCUUCUUCAUCUACCCAUUACCGCUUUCUUCACGUUUUACAUCUCUCUUGGGGUCGCCGGAGUCGCCAUCUCCUCUUUUCUUACCAACUUUAUCUCCUUGUCGCUUCUCCUUUGCUACAUCUACUUGGAAAACAACAACAACGACAAAACCAGUUCUAAGUCUCUUUGUCUUGAUACACCGUUGAUGCUGUCUGGUUCCAGAGACUCCGGUGAAGAUGAAGUGUGGUCAACGCUGGUUAAGUUCGCCGUCCCUAGCUGUAUAGCGGUUUGCUUGGAGUGGUGGUGGUAUGAGUUCAUGACGGUCCUCGCCGGAUAUCUCCCUGAGCCGAAGGUGGCGCUAGCAGCUGCCGCCAUCGUGAUACAAACAACCUCAUUGAUGUAUACAAUCCCAACGGCCCUCUCGGCCGCGGUUUCCACGAGGGUAAGCAACGAGUUAGGAGCAGGACGGCCGGAGAAAGCACGUACAGCGGCGGCAGUAGCGGUCGGAGCCGCCGUGGCCGUGUCAGUGUUUGGACUUGUGGGGACUACCGUGGGAAGAGAAGCUUGGGGAAAGGUUUUCACGGCGGACGGAGUUGUCCUCGAGCUGACGGCGGCCGUUCUUCCGGUGAUAGGAGCUUGUGAGCUUGCCAACUGUCCUCAGACCAUUAGUUGUGGAAUCUUACGUGGCAGUGCGAGGCCAGGUAUAGGGGCCAAGAUUAAUUUCUACGCCUUCUAUGUAGUUGGAGCACCAGUGGCUGUUGUUUUAGCGUUUGUGUGGGGUUUAGGCUUCAUGGGCCUAUGCUAUGGUUUGCUUGGGGCACAGCUAGCUUGUGGAAUCUCCAUUUUGACCGUUGUCUAUAACACAGAUUGGAACAAAGAGUCCUUGAAGGCUCAUGACUUGGUGGGCAAAAACGUCAUUUCUCAUGUCGAUCAAAUUAUUGUCAAAUGCGAAGAAGGUCUACACUAACAGUUUUUUUUUUCUUUUCUUUUUGUUCUAUAUACCAUCUCCAUUUAUGUCUCAAUGAUUUCCUUUUGUUUUUAAAACGUAUACAAAUAUGUAAGUGUCUUCCUUGGACAAGGACACAAUGUAAAACUUUA